AUGGGCAGAUACAAACAUGCAGCAUGGUAUUCAGAAGGUAUCAAGCAUGGCGUUGAGGAGACGGCAGCAGAAUGCCAGAAGCUGGGAGCCACUGUUCAAAGCUUCAUGGUUGACUGCAGCAAACGGGAGGACAUCUACAGUGCUGCAGACAAGGCCAUUUGCAGUGGUAGAAGGGUGGAAAUAGGAUUUCUGCAUUCUCAUUUGUACUUUCUCCCUUCCUGCAGCUCAAGCAAGUUUGCUGCAGUUGGAUUUCAUAAAGCUCUGACAGAGGAGCUGUCUGCCCUGGGAAAGGAUGGAAUAAAAACAACAUGCCUUUGUCCAGUUUUUAUAAACACUGGAUUUGUCAAAAACCCCAGUACAAGGCUUGGAAAGAUUUUGGAGAUUGAAGAAGUUGUACAGGCUUUGAUGGAAGGAAUAGUGACCAACCAGAAAAUGGUUUUUGUUCCAUCAAAUCAGAGCAUUGCUUUACUGCUUGAAAGGGUGUUUCCAGAACGUGCCCUGAACCUUCUGAAGAAGAUGUCUGAGGUCAAGUUUGAUGCAGUCAUUGGGCAGAGAAGCACCCAGUGAAAAGCAAGAAUUGAUUCUCAUUUCCCAGAGGCACCAGUGAAAAGAGAACAUGUGCUGAGCGUAUUUCAGCUGCCUUGAUUCAGAACAGAUCUCAGUCAGGUGCUUCCAGGCCACCAUUCCCAGACACACCUAAGGGCUUCUCCCACACCUGCAGCUGGAACAUACCUGCAUAACAGGGAAUGUUAGCAAAGCAGUGAUGCCGCUCUAGAAGGGCUGCUUUGAAUGUACAUCCCAUUGCCUUUGUCUUAUUUUGCUGGGGCAGGCAGGAAUUCCCACAAAGGUGGGUAGCCUGUUUUCACCUCAAUUUAUAUUGUUGAAUUAUAAAAUGCUCUAAUGAACUCUGAAUUUCCCAUAUUUUUGUAGGAAGUACCUGAAACAAUACAGGUGUAUAUGUAGUAUACCUAAUUACAUAGGUUAUCAAUUAUACAUUUGCACCAUCAAUAUGCCUUUAUAUGAAUAAAUGCAGUUCUUUAACACAAGGA